UCUGGGUUAUUGUUCAGGCUUUGAAAACCUUUUUGGGCCCAACGACAAUUGAUUGUCGGCUGGUGAAUUGCAAGUGAGGGUUCGCAGAUGUUUGGUUUAGCGCCGGGUUCAAGUUCAAUGUAAAGCAAACAAGUUUUUGCCAAUUGCUCAUUAGUUGGUUUUUGCUGAAGGACAAUCCGGCUGGCGAAUUUUUGGCCAUAUAAAGCCGUAGACUUGAUUUGAAAUCAGCAACAGUCACUCGUCGACUUCAAACCUUCUCAAACCAAAUCAACAUGUUCCGCUUCAUUGCCAUCUGUGCCCUAGCUACCAUUGCUGCCGCUGCUCCGGGAUUUAUUGAGGAGCACCCUGUGGCCAUCGCCCCCGUUGUGGCCAAAGUGGGUGCCGUAGUGCACAGUGCCCCCCUGGCCACCUCCCACCAGAGCUUCACCCAGUACCACAACCAGGCGGUGCUCACUCCAGUGGUAAAGCAUGUGGUGCCAGCUGUUCCCGUGAUCAAGACUGUGGCUCCAGUGGUUCCUGUGGUCAAGCAUGUGGCUCCCAUCGUUCCCGUGGUCAAGCAUGUGGCUCCCAUCGUUCCCGUGGUUAAGCACGUAGCUCCAGUGGUGCCCCUCAUCAAGACCGUGCCCGUGGUGCACCACCAGACCUAUGUCGCACCCGCUGUCCACCAUGUGGCUGCCGUCCCCGUGGUGAAGGCUCUGCCCCAUGCCAUCUCCCACCAGAGCCACACCCAGGUGCACCACCAGAAGACCAUCAUCACCCCGGUGGUUGCUCCCCUGGUAAAGACUGUCGCCGUCGCAGCUGCUCCAGAGGCCCAUGUCUACCACCAUUAGGAAACCUUUUGCUUGAACGGAUUGUUAUGAUUGCUUCUUUGAAUAAAUUUAAUUGUUGAAAAUAGAAAA